CAAUUGUGACUUUUUAUUGGAUAGGUGGGCUGCAUUACAAGACUGGUGCCACAGAAAGGAGUACAUCUAAUUAGACAUGCAAUAUAUCGAACAUUGGAGUUAGAAGGACAGUUUGUUUUACUCGGUUCAAGCCCAAUCUCUCAUAUUCAGAGAGAGUUUGAGGGUAUCGCAGACCAUUUUCAAAAACAUGAACACAUUCGGCUGAUACUGAAAUAUGAUGAGUCUCUAUCCCAUUCCAUUUAUGCUGCAUCUGAUAUGUUCAUCAUUCCUUCUGUUUUUGAGCCUUGUGGGCUUACACAGAUGAUAGCAAUGAGGUAUGGUUCUGUACCCAUCGCAAGAAAAACAGGAGGUCUAAAUGACAGUGUAUUUGACGUUGAUGACGAUACAAUACCGCUUCAAUUUCGAAAUGGAUUUACAUUUUUGACUCCUGAUGAACAGGGAUUGAACAGUGCCUUAGAACGAGCAUUUAGCCUCUACAGUAGUAAGCCAGAUAGUUGGCAAGAACUUGUAAAGAAGGAUAUGGAGAUAGACUUUAGUUGGGCUACAUCUGCAUCACAAUAUGAGGAGCUCUAUGCAAAGUCAGUGGCCCGAGCAAGGGCUGCAGCAAAUCGGACUUAACAAUCUUGGUUUGGCAGAAACAGGUGGUUUCCGUGCUGGCCUGUGAUCAUAUAUAAGUUGGUCCUUCUGUGAAUAGCUAGCUAACGAGGAGCGAAUUGCUCAACCUGUUGGUAUCGGCGAGCAUCAGGAUAAUCUCAACAUCAUUAGUCCUGUAGCUAAAAUCUUUGAGUUGUGAAUUUGAUGAAGGACUGAAGCUGCAUUUGUGAAGGUGACAUUCCUUACCACCAUACCAUCUGUUAUUUUUCACUUUUAAAGCACAUCAUACAUAUUUGUAACAAAUAGCUAAUCAUCAUGUCACAGUAUAGCUGUACUGUAUUCUUUUAGUUUUUUUAAAACUCGGUUGCAUGUAUACGCGUGUAAACUGUAGUCUUAUACGGAUCAGUUAAACAAAUAUUGAAUUCUAAGUGUAAAUCUCGGAAAUUUUUAACUAAA